AUCGAAAACAUUCAGUCACUUUAAUUUCAGUUUCUACAAGAAUCAAAAGAAAAAAAAGAAGCCAUGGUUUUCUCUGAUUCCACAUUUACUUCUCUCGCACCAUACAUAAUAGUCUCAGCAAUACUUCUCUUCCUUCUCCUCGAGCAACUCACUUACCUUCGCAAGAAAGGUAACCUCCCUGGCCCUCUCUUCGUCCUUCCGAUUAUCGGAAACGCCGUUUCAGUCGUCAGUGACCCAACUUCCUUCUGGUACAAGCAAUCCUCCAUGGCCGGAACCUCCCCUGGCCUCUCCGCAAACUACCUCAUCGGAAAAUUCAUCGUCUACAUCAGAGACACAGAGCUCUCACACCAAAUCUUCUCCAACGUACGUCCCGACGCAUUCCACUUCGUCGGACAUCCAUUCGGCAAGAAACUCUUCGGUGAUCACAACUUCAUCUACAUGUUCGGAGACGAUCACAAAUCCGUUCGCCGCCAAAUUGCUCCUAACUUCACACCCAAGGCACUCUCAACCUACUCUGCUCUCAUGCAGCUAAUCAUCCUCCGUCAUCUUCGUCUCUGGGAGGAAACUUUCUCCGGUCGUCCGGUGUCUCUUCGAAACCUCGUCCGUGAUCUCAACCUCGAGACUUCACAGACGGUUUUCGUCGGACCGUAUCUUGACGAAGAAGCAAGAAACAGGUUCCGUGCGGAUUACAAUACAUUCAAUCUCGGAACCAUGACGCUUCCCAUCGACUUUCCAGGUUUCGCUUUCCACGAGGCUCGACUCGCGGUGAAGAGGCUUGCGAGUAUACUCGCCGUCUGCGCCGGAAAAUCGAAAGCGAGGAUGGCUGCAGGGGAAGAUCCGACUUGUUUAAUCGAUUUCUGGAUGCAGCCUAUCGUCGCCGAGAUCGAAUCCGGGAAUCCGGCGCCGCCGCAUUCCAGAGACGAAGAGAUCGGCGGUUUCCUUUUCGAUUUUCUGUUCGCUGCUCAGGACGCAUCCACGUCAUCGCUUUUAUGGGCGGUGGCGAUGCUUGAUUCGGAGCCGGAGGUGUUAAACAGAGUGAGGGAGGAAGUUGGAAGGAUAUGGUCGCCUGAGUCCGACGCGUUGAUCACCGUCGAUCAGCUCGCGGAGAUGGAGUACACGCGCUCCGUCGCGCGUGAGGUUGUUAGAUUCCGUCCUCCGGCGACGAUGGUCCCACACGUCGCUGCUAUAGAUUACCCUCUCACGAAAUGGUACACGAUUCCGAAAGGUACGAUUGUGUUUCCCUCGGUUUUCGACUCCUCGUUUCAAGGGUUUACUGAACCGGACCGGUUUGAUCCGGAUCGGUUUAGCGAGACUAGGAAAGAGGAUGAGGUGUUCAAGCGAAACUUCUUGGCUUUUGGGUGGGGUCCGCACCAGUGUGUGGGCCAGCGUUACGCGCUGAACCACCUUGUGCUAUUCAUUGCAAUGUUCUCGUCGCUGAUGGAUUUCAAGAGGCUUCGAUCGGACGGAUGCGAUGAGAUCGUGUAUUGCCCCACGAUAUCUCCUAAGGACGGGUGUACGGUGUUCUUGUCUAGGCGCGUCGCAGCGUAUCCGAACCUCUCUUUGUAAUUGAUUUGUAAAAUUUUUAAUUUAUUGUCAGAAGUGUGGAGAGUGGAGUGUGAAAUUUAUGACUGCCCGUGAUGCGUUUCUCUCGAAGUGAGUAGCACUUAAGAGUGUUUAUGAAUUCGACAAGAGAUGUCAUUGUUUUGUCAUUGUCUUCCGCAGUCUAUUUUGUCUUUUUUUCUUUGUCCCUGUGUAGCUAAAAAUGAAAAUGUUAUAAACUACAUGUGUUUUCUAUC